CAAAUCACUGAUAUCACCGUCUCCGUCUGCUGCUGGACACACACCAUUACCGCACUCGUCAAGUAUGACUACGCCGUCACUCGACUGAACGUAGGACGGUAUCCGUAUACGAUUCACUCAGACGACUUUGACCAUGACAUAUCGCACGCCCUCAAUUGAUAUGAGAUGCUGCAGGUCCCCCGCUUCUUGAGGCCACGAGCCUCGCCAGUAAAGGGCCACACAACAACUACGACAACAGCGUUGUGUAGAUGGUCUUCUUCUACACGACCAAAGAGCACGCCGCCGCCAUGGCGACCGGCUUCGGCGUUGGAUGACUGGGUUGAUCGCCCAACUCGUCCUAUUAGUUUGCGCCAGCUUUUCUUCUUCGGCCGUACCCUGACCGAGAGUCGCCUGCUCAGCUCAGCUAACUAUGUCCGCAUGGAGCUGCCCACUAGAAUUGCGCACCGGCUACGGGAAAUGCAAAGGUUGCCAUACGUUGUGGUCACCAACCCACAUCUCUCUUUGGUGUAUGAGUUAUACUACAAGUCGUUUGAGAGCUUUCGUAGAAUUCCCGUCAUCAGAAAUGUGGAAGAGAACGAACACUUCUGCAAGGUCAUCGGCGAGAGCUUGAAGGAACAUCUGGCUGUGAUCCCCAAUCUGGUUAUGGGAGUUCUCGAGUGUCAGGAACUUGUGCCGGCGGAUACGAUGGACAAAUUCGUGCAGGCCAUGCUGCGGGCUCGCAUCUCCAGACGUGUCAUUGCCGAACAACAUCUCGCAUUGACCGAGACCUUCAAUUCUCCAUGGCACGUGGCUCAGCCGAGCUCGGAAAACGAGUUCGUGGGUGAAGUUCUUCUCAAAUGUAAUGCGAAGGACAUCAUUGAACGGGUUGGAAAAUUCACACAGGAAAUUUGCAAGUCAUCAGCAGGCGCUGACCCGUUAGUCCCAGAGAUCAAAAUUCAAGGGCAUGUCAAUGCGACGUUUCCAUACGUUUUGAGCCACCUGGAAUAUAUCAUUGGGGAAUUGCUACGGAAUUCAGUCCAGGCAGUUAUGGCACGAUACCAAACUCCGAGCAAACCUCCACCACCGAUCGAAGUGCUGGUCUGCGAGGCUCCUCAGCAGGUGGUGAUCCGCAUUUCCGACCAGGGUGGAGGCAUUUCUAGGGAGAUCACACCUUUUCUUUGGUCUUUUAAUAAAGGACCAAGAAGUGCUGCCCGCCUCGAGAACUUCCGGGACGUUCCAACCUUGGCUGCCACUAUGCAAGAAGUCCGACAGUUUGAGGUGGCCGAAGAAAAGCCAAGUGGAAAGAUCAGAGAUUCAUCCCUGAGCACGCUCGCGUCAAGAGCACCAGAUCUGAGACUCGGAAUGGGAUUGCCCAUGAGCCGAGUAUACGCCGAAUACUGGGCUGGAGGCCUAGAAUUGCAUAGUUUGGAGGGCUACGGCGUAGACGCAUUCCUCCAGAUAUCCAAGUUGGGAAACCAGAACGAGCAGCUCACAUCACGAGCGAGUUUAGACGCCGUCUGAAAACACUUGCUGCCAUCUUUGGCAUCAUGCUUAGGUAUGCAAAUGACAAUCGAGUUCAGGCCAUAUG